AGUUCUUAUUUUCAUCAUUUUACAAACUCACCUCGAGAAAUUGAAUUGUAAUCGAAUCUAAAAUGCAAGGCAAGCAAGAUUCGCAUCGAGCACAAAAAACUGUAGAAGCGAGUCUUAGAUCGGAUGGAACACGAAAGAAGCAUCAGGAUAUGGAUUGGUAUCAUGGUUUAUUGCCAAGAGCCGAUAUUAAUACAUUGCUAGAGAAUGAUGGAGAUUUUCUUGUCAGAACUUCACAUAUUGUUGGUCAAGAUUCGGCAAAAACUGUGCUCUCUGUUAAAUGGAAAGGAAAGUGUCACCACUGGCAGUUACAGGAAAAAGAAGACGGUUCGAUUGUGAUUGAGGAACGAAAGUUUGAAAGUGUCCUCGACAUGGUGACAACUCUUCGUAUGAAACGUCUACCAGUCUCUGCAAACUGCCCGGCACUUCUCCUGAAUCCAAUCAACAAACAAGAUUGGGAACUUCGUCAUGAUCAGAUCAAACUCGGGAAAAUGCUCGGAGAGGGAGCCUUUGGUGGUGUUUACAAGGCUGCAUUUUAUUGCAAAGGAGAAAAGAGAAUGGUCGCUGUAAAAGUGAACAAAGGAAACGAGAAGAUCAGCACGCGAGCCAUGAUUGAAGAUGUUUGCAAAGAAGCUCGUAUCAUGAGACAAUAUCAACAUCCAAAUGUUGUCUGCUUCUUCGGAGUUUGUGUUGAAAAGGAGCCAAUUAUGCUAGUGAUGGAGUUGGCAAGUCAAGGAGCUCUCGACUCUUUUCUGAAAAAUGAGAAGAACAAUGUUUCUCUUAGAGAUAAAUUGAAAUACUCAUUUGAUGCUUCGAAAGGACUUGAAUAUCUCCAUCAACACGGAUGCAUUCAUCGUGACGUGGCGGCUCGUAACUUCUUGAUGCACAAAAAUGUUGUGAAAAUCACGGAUUUCGGGCUUUCGAAGCAACUCUCCGAUUUGGCGCACAAAUACAAGUUGAAGGAUAUUCAAGCGAAGCUUCCGAUCAGAUGGCUUGCUCCAGAAGUCAUUGUCACUGCCACGUACACUUUCAAGUCAGAUGUGUAUUCCUUCGGGAUUCUUUUGUGGGAGAUUUUCAUGGACGGAGCCAUACCGUAUCCAGGAAUGAAAUUGGCUGAAGUGAAGCAGAAAGUCAAAAAUGGAUACAGAAUGGAUGCUCCUGAUCGAAUGCCAGCGUUUGUUCGUAACAUCAUGAUCAGUCAGUGCUGGCCACAAAAUCCCGAAGAUCGUGGAAAUAUGAAUGAAAUUCGGCUUGCGAUGGAAAGUGUUCUUGAUGGCAAAGUUGCUGCAUCCAAUAAUCGAUCUGUGUACUAUAAAUCUUCAUGAUUAUUGGUGAUUUGCAAUAAAAUCUUUUUAGUGUAAU